UCCCCCUGCACGUCUUGGUCCCGUCGCCCGCCCCCGCUGCGGCCCUUUCGCCCGACUCCCACUCCUCGAAACCACAGAUCAUCUUCGGAUUCUUCCCAGAAGCUUCAAGUAGGGAUAUGUCCUCAGCACCAACUACUCCUCCAUCAGUGGAUAAAGUAGACGGAUUUUCUCGGAAGUCCGUCAGAAAAGCCAGACAGAAGAGGUCGCAAAGCUCCUCACAGUUUAGGUCUCAAGGCAAACCUAUUGAGUUAACACCUCUGCCUCUGCUAAAAGACGUUCCAUCCUCAGAGCAGCCUGAACUGUUCCUAAAGAAACUUCAGCAGUGCUGUGUCAUUUUUGACUUCAUGGACACGCUAUCUGAUCUUAAAAUGAAAGAAUACAAGCGCUCCACUCUUAAUGAACUGGUGGACUACAUUACAAUAAGCAGAGGCUGUUUGACAGAGCAGACUUACCCUGAAGUAGUUAGAAUGGUAUCUUGCAAUAUAUUCAGAACUCUCCCUCCUAGUGACAGCAAUGAAUUUGAUCCAGAAGAAGAUGAACCUACCCUUGAGGCAUCGUGGCCACACUUACAGCUUGUAUAUGAAUUUUUCAUACGAUUUUUGGAAAGCCAAGAAUUCCAGCCCAGCAUUGCCAAAAAAUACAUAGAUCAGAAAUUUGUAUUACAGCUUUUGGAGCUAUUUGACAGCGAAGACCCCCGGGAACGGGACUAUUUAAAAACAGUCUUACACAGAAUUUAUGGCAAGUUUCUUGGUCUUAGAGCAUUUAUCCGAAAACAGAUUAACAAUAUUUUUCUAAGGUUUGUUUAUGAAACGGAACAUUUCAAUGGUGUAGCUGAACUGCUGGAAAUAUUAGGAAGUAUUAUCAAUGGCUUUGCUUUACCUCUUAAGGCAGAACACAAACAGUUUCUGGUGAAAGUGUUGAUCCCUUUACACACUGUCAGGAGCUUAUCACUCUUCCAUGCUCAGCUGGCAUAUUGCAUAGUACAGUUUCUGGAGAAAGAUCCUUCACUCACAGAACCAGUUAUUAGGGGAUUAAUGAAAUUUUGGCCCAAAACAUGUAGUCAAAAAGAGGUAAUGUUCCUUGGGGAGCUGGAGGAAAUAUUGGAUGUGAUUGAACCUUCACAGUUUGUUAAAAUUCAAGAGCCUUUGUUUAAACAAAUUGCCAAGUGUGUGUCUAGCCCCCAUUUUCAGGUGGCAGAAAGAGCACUCUAUUAUUGGAAUAAUGAAUAUAUCAUGAGUUUGAUAGAAGAAAACUCUAAUGUCAUCCUUCCCAUCAUGUUUUCCAGCCUUUAUAGGAUUUCGAAGGAACAUUGGAAUCCGGCUAUCGUGGCGUUAGUGUACAAUGUGUUGAAGGCAUUUAUGGAAAUGAACAGCACCAUGUUUGAUGAGCUGACAGCCACAUACAAGUCAGAUCGUCAGCGUGAGAAAAAGAAAGAAAAGGAGCGUGAAGAAUUGUGGAAAAAAUUGGAGGAUCUGGAGUUAAAGAGAGGUCUUAGACGUGAUGGGAUAAUUCCAACUUAACAAAAAUAAUGACAACAACAUUACUAACCUGUGGAGUCACACAUUUAUGUAGUAGAAGAUGGAGCAACAGUUUUCUGUAUUGUGCAACUUUACAGUAGAUUUCACAUUUGUUUCAUUAUUACAACAGCACUGUAUAUACCUACCUGUCUCUAAGUAAAGGAAAAACAAAAUAAGGACUUCAAUCCAAAGUUUGGACAGUAGAUGGACUUCUCAGAACUUUGCAAACAUAAUCAUUGUUCUAACCCUCUUGAAAGGAAAAAAAAAAAAAAAGCAGUCUUCAGAGAUCUGUUGAUGAAAUUGCUGUGUUAAAAUUCCAUUGUCAGGAGUUCCUUAUUUAUCAUUAGCAGAGAGUAUGAUACAAUUUUCAAAUGUGAACAAUCUUAAAUUUAGCUUGUCUUUCUGCUAAGCUGUUAAAUGUAUUUAUAGUAAAUGGAAGAAAAAAAGACCGUCAUUUCCUUAUAAGUUCGUAUAACACCCUCCUCUGGAUAACUUGACUGUAAUUUGACAUCUGUCCCUUGUGCACAUCUUCAUGAGCUGAAUGUCCACAUGGAACAGGGCCAUGGAUUAUAAAGGUCCCUGAUAAAAGUUUUGUUUACUGGGGUGAACAUCUUUCCAGUAACCAGGUAGUCCCGGUACUCCUUUAGUCUUAAAAUUAGGAGUAAAAGAGAAGAGGUGAUAAACAUAGUAGGAAAGGGAAUUUUGGAUUCAUUGCAUCAGUUUAUGGUGAAUCUGAAUCAGUGUCUUGAAUCCUUUGAAAACAGGCACUGGGACAUCACAGGCUUCAGUACCUGACCAGUAUUAGUUGCAUACAUCAUUGAACACACAUACCAGAGAGAUGUUUUAGAAAUGUCAGUAAAACAUCCUUUUGGACCAUUUUGAAAUGAAAAAGACAAACACUAAACAGUACAACCAUGAAAUUGAUUGCCAAGGAUUGUGAAUCUAAUUGGGAAAAGAGUUGAGCAAACAGCUUGGACUGUUUGGAGUUGUUGCCUUACUUUUUAAUAUGUAUUUAUAAAGUAUUCCAGCAAAAGAGGAUGUAACCUCUGGGGGAAAAAAAACACAAAAACAUGUUACAGUGUUUUUUGUAGAUUUUUGCUCUAUAUCUCAUCACAGCGCCAGCCCUGUUUUUAGCCGGAAAGGAUUCAGGAUACACAUUAUACUGCAUUCUGAAUUGGAUGCAUAUUCCUAACUACUGUAUUUGUUACCAAAAGUGGUUCUACAAAUGCUACUGAAAAAUCUGGAAAUUCCUAAUGUCCUGAGUAUUAAUAAUAAAGUUUAAAAAUGCUUUUAUAUCAAAGGUGCAUUCUGACCAAAUUGUUUAAGAAAAACAAACAAAAUCUAGGGCUGUAUUAUAGAUAUAUCUUCCUGGCUCUCUGCUUUGUAUUUAAAAGAGGAAGCUUACAUCUUGGGUAGCUGGUACGCUGAUGACACUUGUGUACAGGAUGUACGUACCGACUGCAGUUGCAUUAUUGUGUACUAAAAAGUAUGUUUUGGGGUUGAUUGCCAGGAUGCUGUUUGCUUGUCCUGAACACUGCAGCAGUGAGUUGAUAAUCCUGACGUCACUUCCAACAGUAUUCACGGUAUAGAGCUGAUUCUGUGUUCAUGUGUUGAAUUGUGAUAGUAGCAAACAUGAACAUAUGAACUGUUGCUCUUAAUAGAAAUACAAUAUAAUUAUGGGCUUGUAAAUUUUCUUCCUUCCAUUUAAAUAGAAAGUAGAAUAUGCAGUUUUAUUGUUUCCAAGAAAAAGGGGAAGAAGAAGGGGGGAAAAAAAUCCUUGAACCUUUCUCCCCUCUUAAGUGUUUCAGGAUUAUCAGGUCACAGAUUAUGUGUAAAAGUCAGCUAAUCAUGGAUAUUGUCAUCUGAGUAACUUUGUAAAAACAAAAAACUUGGUACUGUUAAUUCUGGAAAAGAAACAGCAGUAAAAGAAUCAUACGCAACGCCAAACACAACAUGGUUUAAUGGUAUUAAUAGUUUUUUUUUUUUUUUUUUAAAGAAAGUGGGGAUUCUGUGUAAAGUUGGCACAGGCUGCCAAAGAUGAAACAAUUUUAAACGUGCUGGAGCAAAGGUGCAAGUUUGAAUACUAAAGUUAAAAAAUAAAUUUGUAACAAAUCAUCUUCUUUAGCUCUUUUGAUUUUAGCCCUUUGGUUUCGACUAUGCAUCCCAUUUAUUUUUGAUAGUCUAAACUUUUGUUUGCUGUUAAUUGAUCUUUUUAAAUAGAGAACAUUAAGAUCAUAGGUUUCUGAAGUAUCUCUGCCCGUUGGCAUGAAAUGCAGUCGUUUGAAAUGAGAAAGGCUAGGAUCCUGUCCUCAAGGUGAGAACUACAUACACAGAAAUCUUUCAUGUCAAUUUCAUGUUGAUCAUUCCAAACUGAGAAGAAUAAAGCCACAUUUUAGACAUAUUUAAAGAAGCAAUUAUAGGCAUAUGUCUAAAAUUCACAGGGCGACUUCUGAGAAGCAACACUGUCUUUUCUAUUUUAACUGAAAGUGACAAUGUGACAUUUGUCAUGUUGUGUUCAGGGACACAGAGUAACUGGGGUAAUCUGACUGUUGCACUAUGUGACAUAUUUAAGGACAUACUUGCUGCGUUUGUAGCAACCCUCUCUCCUUGUCCCUUCCCACAAUUCUGCUGUUGCUGCAACUCGAGUUAAUUGUGACAAAUGCAUCUCUGUGUUAUAUUUUGUUUGCUUCAUAAUUCCCCAGAACUAUAUAUAUAUAAAUAUAUUUUUAAAAUAGCAAAUUCGUAGUUAGUGAGUGAUGACCACUCCAACCUUGUCCCUACCAUAUUGGUUUUAGGGAUACGAUUAAGAGUGUCUUUGGAAGAAAAAAGAAAAGCAAAAACCCUGUGGUUUAGAAUGAUGUCGAGGCCUUAGGCAGUGGGCCUAGAACAGGUGUGUGAGUGAAUUGACCCAUCUCAUACUUCGGAUGGAGCAUGCAUUCCUUUUCUCAUUGUGUAAGCGUCCCUGGUUGUUUUCUCUCGGUGUUUAGGUAUUGUCCUUAAUUUUAUUAUAUUUUGCUCUCACCAACAUCUGAGUGUUUUUUAUAAGAUAAUAAAAAAGUAAAGAAAGAAAUAAUACUCUCGAUGCCGCUGCUGGACACUCACAAGCAGGGUCACACUCCUUCAUCUUGGGCCCGCUCGCCUAAGUGGAAGGGUUUAAUUUAUUUUGUACCUCCUAUGCGUGGGAGAGUCUGAAGUGCAGAGCCAGGAAUUGCUUGUAAUUGCACCUGUUGUACUUAAAAGUAUGGCCCUAGGCUCAGUCACACUAUGGAAAGAGAGAGAGAGAAAAAGAAAAAAAUAUAUAUUUAGAGCUUUAAAAGCUUUUUUAUUUUUUUGUGGGGGUGGGGGUGGGGAAGGGAAGAUGUAUGGAUGUUACUGGCAUUUUUAAGUGUUUAGAAUCUUUUUUUUUCCUCCUGUUUUUCUGUUUUGCAUUUUCUCUUUAAUCAGAUGCACUGACCUGACCCAGGAAAUGAAGAGAUUGUCUCUUUGGUUGUUCUUACCAAUGUUACACAAAGUGACAGCCACCUAUAGCAAAAAACGUGGCACCAGACACGAUCAGUGAUGUUUUAUUUGUACAUCAGUAUUUUUAUUUCUGUAUUUUGGCUCAGCUGCUUCUCUGAGUAGAGUGAAGGAAUGAGCCUCAAAGGAUUUUUCUAGUAAGUAUAUUGGCAAUGCAUUUUCUAUUCCCAAGUGUUUAAUUUUGGGAAUCUAAAAGAAGGAUUGUGCAUCUUGAGAGAAAGUUGAGUAAAUUUUGAUCUAGCAAUAUGUUAAUUUGUGUUGCUGCUUGUGCACAAGAGCAGUGGUAGUAUCUCUCUUGGAAAUAAACAUGCCAUAUUAUGAUGUCUGUGAAUAUAGGUUUCCUUUUCUUCCCUUUCCCUCACUCCUUUUUUGAAAUCACUCAUUGUAAAUAAGUUGUAAUCCAGACCUCACGUAUCAAUGGGGAACUUUCAAAUAUAAAUAUUACCAAUACACUUUCUGAUUGUCUAAUUUUUGACUGAAGUAUAAAGAGAAUGACAUGUCCAUUGCUUUUGGUUUGAGGAUUUUGCUCUAGCUUCCUAAGUCUUUUGGUAUUUUAGUAUUUCAUUGUUCUAGCAGGAGAGGGCAGCAAAAGUUCAUUUUCCCCUUUAGAAAUGAUGUGAUCCAUGAUUGGUUUUAAAUUUAGGUGUGUGUAUGUAUUUGUUUUUGUUUCUUAAAACAGCAUCUGUUGGUAGAGGUAAAAAUGAAACAUUUUUGAUAUGAAAAGUUGCAUAUGAAAAUUAUAGACUGGCUUAACUAGACAAUGAGUGAAGACUUCUGAUCCACAUCAAAGUUAAAAUGCCUCAAAACAAUCUCCUAGCUCUGGCUAAAAUAUGCCACGUCCUUUUUAAACACAACAAAAAUGCAAGCUGAGUCUUAAUCACUUGGAGUUUAAAAUGUCCUUCUUUGGAAUUGAUUUACUUUCUUCAAAGUGGUAACAGAAACAAAAAAUGAAGGUGCUCCCAAAGAGAAAUGUAACCUCCCCCUUUCGCAGAUGUGUGAGAGGUGCUGUACUGUGGGUGCAUCAUAAUAAAGAAGCAGUGAAGAGUUUU